CACCUACGUCAGUGGAGCUUCUCGCCCGCCGCCGUCGACGCUUGCAAGAAAUCGACGACGUGCGCCUCCAACGACUUGCGGCCGCCCCCUCCCCACCGCCGCGCACGCUAGCUUUCGAAAAAUAAAAGUAAAAAAGGCAACAGCCGCAGCGGGCAGAAAGCCCACCCCCCUACCAACGCAAAGCCUUGCGACACCCUCUUCCUCACCCAUCCGGCCCCGCCAGCCAGCCCAGCCCAGCCCAGCCCAGCCCGUCAUGUUCGGCCUCUUCAAGUCGGAGGAGCAGAAGCGCGCCGAGGAGGUGCGCCAGGGCGCCGUCGUGCCGUCACGGUCGGAGCGCAAGCGCUGCUGGGACUCGCGCGACGUCUACUUUGCCUGCCUCGACAAGGCCGGCAUCGUCGACCCGGUCAAGGACGCCAAGUCCGCCGGCAAGGCGUGCGGCCCCGAGACUAGCGUGUUUGAGCAGAACUGCGCCGCGCAGUGGGUUGCACAUUUUAAGAAGUACAGGGUUGCAAACUAUCAAAAAGAGCAGAGGCUAAAGGCCCUCGAGGCACAAGGCGCCAUCAAGAUGGACUCUAAUGUCACUUUCAAAUAGGCGCAACAUGUAGCCAUGAUUACCUUGUGACAACUCUGUGUAAAAGUAUAAAAAGAAAAAGGUUAUGACAAGAAAUCUAAAGUGGUAACCAAUGUACAAAUCACGAGCAACCUAUGCACUCGACGCCACCUAGAGACGGCAGCAUAGAUAAAGAUUACGAAAUAUUACCAAGACUCUACCGCAUAUGUACAUCUGUCUAUGAUAUACAAAUGCAUCUUUGCAUAUCUGCA